ACAUUUUUGUUUUGAUUUCGAUCGUCUCAAAAAGUUAUUUUUAUUCGAUUAACCGAGAAAAUUUACUGAAUCCACUUUCGAUACCAAAUGGAUAAAUGGAAUUCGUUACCGAGUUUGAUUUAACCAAUCAACAGAUUGUUUUAUUGAAUGACAUUGACAUUGUGUCGGGACACGAACACAGUCCCACCGAUUUUAUCAAUUGUCCCGUUGGUGACUUAGGACUCGAGCAAAUACAGUAUCCUGAGUGCAACUCAGAUGAACCAAACAAUCAUCCAUCGAAUGGUGACGGGCACCAGCAACAUCAAUUCCAAAUCAUAAAACAGCGGAACGGCAAUCGCUAUAUGAAAUUCAAGAAAUCCAAGAAAAAUGUGAAAACAAAACUUGUUGAUCAACAACCACAACAGUGUCCUGUCGUGCCGUGCCGGGCAGUAUUCACCAGUAAAUUGAAAUUGAGAAAACAUGUCCAGGAGCAUGCAUUCAAGAAGCAACAUCGCUGCGACACUUGCCUUGAAGAGUUUAACGUGCUGGAAAACCUUAUGCUGCACACAUCGUUGCAUUCGAAUGAUGGUCGUUGUCCGCAAUGUGGAAAAGUGUUUCGACGAUUGGCCAGUUUGGAAGGGCACAUCAAAACGCAUUUCAAAAGUGAAUACUACACAUGCACGCAGGGCUGUGACGAAAUGUUCCCUCUGGAAUGGAUGUUAAAGCAGCACAUGAACCAAUUCCAUCCGACCGAAAGUUCAAAAGGUCAACAAGAAAAGGAAGAGCUAGCCAAACAGCGAAAAUUGAAACGACGAAAUCUGCUUAGCUGCCAAUACUGUGGCAAGCAAUUCACAAAAAAUUGCCUACUGAUACGGCACGAACGGAUUCACAACGGGCAUAAACCAUUUCAAUGUGAUAGAUGUGACCGGAGCUUCGCUCAGAAGAACACUUUGGUCAUACACCAGCGCAGACACUCCGAUCAUCGAAUGUAUCAGUGCCCACACUGUCCGCAAACAUUUGUUCAGAAAGGGAAUCUGCUGUCGCACGUAGCCAAAUGCCACACAUACAAGGAGGGCGAGCCGAGUUUUCCGUGCAACCAAUGCUCGUGCACGUUCAAGAAAAUCGGUACUUUGAACGCCCACAUCAGCAAGUUCCAUGCAGCGCAGAGCGUACUGGUCGACGAUGAUCUCGGAUUCAAAUUGGACGAUGUGAUGAAGGAACUGAACGAUCUGCAUCGAUCGAAUUCAUUGGAGAAUGAGCUGAUAUCCAAGGAUCUGUUUUUCAAUCUUCCCGUCAUUAUGCCGCCGACAACACCCGAAGAGAUUCCAAAUACGGUAGGCGAUGGCGAUAAACAGUCGGACUAUGCAAACGCAACGAAUGCUACACAAAGCUCAUUAAAACUGGCUGUUCAUACGAGCAACGGAAUGGUUACACAUCGCAGUGUAAUGCAACGAAUUCAUGGUAAUGUGCGCUGCUAUGUGUGCCUGUACUGUCCGAAAGAAUUUCGUCGUCCCUCCGACCUUGUUCGUCAUAUACGAAUUCACACAAAGGAGAAGCCAUUUUCCUGUCCGAUCGCGAAUUGUGGCAAGAAAUUUUCGGUCAAAAGUUCGCUGAGCAAACAUCUCAACACCCAUUCGAAAUCGUCACAGCAACACGCCUGCGGUGUAUGUCUGCAGACAUUUCAGAGUGCCGAAACCUUCGACGAACAUUGUUCGCUUACACACCAGGACAAUCCAAUAUUUCAGUGCUUCAUUUGCUCACGACUGUGCGUCACAAAUGCGGAUCUGAAGCGUCACUUAAAAUGUCAUCGAUCGCCGGUCAAAAAGCCCGUACGGCAACAGGAAUGUGAAGACGAUGGUAUCCAACUGGAGAUUGUUAUGAAAGAACCGAUAAUGUUGACCGACGAUGGACAAAUUGAAGUGGCGGCGGAGAAAUCUGUGCCCGAUCAGGAACGAAAGUUUGAGUGCUCGGUGUGUCCCAGUACGUUUAAACGCAACGGCCAUUUAAAAGAACACAUUUUGUCUCACCUGGGAGUUAAGUCUCACAAAUGUGAGAUAUGCUUCAAGUCCUUCGGUAAAAUGAGCAUCUUAAAUCGACACAUGUUGUAUCAUUCCAACGAAAAGAAGUUCAAUUGUGGAACUUGUAACGCCAGCUUCAUCUCAAACAAUCAACUGAGUCGGCACAGCUUAAAGCAUACAAAUCAACGGAAUGUCAUGUGUCCCUACUGUCAGAAACGUUUCAAAUCCAAAGCAACUUGCCGCACCCAUUUGCAAAUCCACAAAACCCAGUGGAUGAAGCAGUUCAAAGAGCAAUUAAAAUCGGGAACAAUUCAAUUCGAAGAGGACGUGACACUCGGUCAACCGAACGACCAGCCGGCACUCGAUGUCGUGACAUCGGCCACAAACGAACGCCUGUUGGAAUCGUUAAACAAUGACAACGCCGAUGCGUUUCACGAAACGGUCCAACGUAGCGAAGAGAGCAACCAAGUUUUGUUCACCAAUUUGGUGCAAGACGCUCAGAUGGACGACUCGCGAAAUCAGUUUGAAUAUUUCCUGUUGUUGCCGUCAAACGGAGAUCCGAAUUGCAUUGCAACCGAUGGUAGAUCGGAUGGUGAACAGCAGUUCGUUGUGGACGAUGAUCAGCUCAAUUUUGCCAAUUUACAGUUUAUUCAGCUGGAUCAGUCGGCCUUGUUAGAAUUGGGAAAUACUGCAACGGAAACCGUUACUUCGUUGGCAAAACACCGACUGAACGACAAUGAGUUGAACCGACCGGAAAUGGUUUCGAAUACUGAUUGCAGUGAGUCACAAGUGCCUGUACCUGAGUCUGAUAGACCUGAUAGAAAUGACUACGUGUCAAUGGAAUCGUCGAAAGAAAUUCAAUUGGCGAACAAACAGUUGACAAAUGCGCAGAGGACUAGAAAGUCCACAAAGUCCAUCAACAAUUGCGAGACUUGCUCGAAAGUCUUCCAAAAACCAAUCGACCUUCGUCGACACAUUCGAACCCAUACUUUAGAAAAGCCUUUCAGCUGUUCCAACUGCCCGAAAUCGUUCAGCCUCAAAAGCACCUUACAGAAUCACAACAAGAACAAACACUCCGACAUGAAAGAGAUGCAUCCCUGUACGGUAUGUUGGAAGGCAUUCUCGUCGAAGCAUGCGGUCAUCACCCAUUCGCUAAUCCAUUCCAAUUCGCGUCCAUUCAAAUGCGAAUACUGUACGACGACAUUUCGAACGCGUGGCCAUUUGAAAAUCCAUCAGCAAAUCCAUCUGAGGGAGGGACGAAAGUUGGGUGUGAAUCCGUCGGAGAUUAAAACGAAAAAAGAGAAAGCGAAACUGUUGCCGCUGAUAAAUGUGAUGCAAGAGUUCGGUGACCCGAAUGUUUACGAAGAGUUUGUCGAUCAGAGUGGAUUCGUUGAGGAAAUGCCCGAUUCAACGGUAUUUAGAGUGGAGCGAUCGGACACUGACACGGACAACCAGAUGGUCAAUACCGAAUCUCUAACAAAUACAAUUUACCAGUGCUCCUUAUGCCCGGAACAAUUCAACGACAAGGACAGUUACAGUGCCCAUGCAGCCAGCCACAAAGAAAACCUUCGUUGUCCUGAUUGCCACAAAGUGUUUAGGAAACCAAGUCUCUUGAAGCGACACAUGAUUGUGCAUUACGGUCGAAAGGAAUUUACAUGCAAAAUUUGCCACAAAUCUUAUACUCAAAAAGCGACACUGCAAGCGCAUAUGGGCCUGCAUACGGACGGCGCUUCGUUCGAGUGUUCGCAGUGUCACAAAAAGUUCAAUUUCAAAACGAAUCUUACGACCCACGAACGACAAUGCAGUUUGUUGAACAACCGAACACCAUCGGAAUAUCACAUCGGAAUCUCGUAGCAGAAAUAAAAAUUAAAAAUUUAUUUUU